CAUUAGUCAACAACAAAGAGAAAAAAGGAAAAAUUUGCGAAUUUGUAAAAUUUGUGUUGAUAUUUACUAUUAAAAAUGGGUAUAUUGGAAAAUAUAAAAUACUGGUUCACAUCGGAGACAGCCCGUAACAAAAAUGCCUCCCUAAUUGCUGGAUUAUUGUUCUUUGCAGGAUGGUGGACAUUGAUUGGAGCUAUGACAGUCGGUGAAAAAGCUCAAAUUACCACGGGCCAAGUGUUUAUUGGAGUCUUUGGUACGUUAAGUUUCUUUAUGGUUAACACAGUAAAGAAUUCGCAUAUAUCUGAGGAUAACACGUCUGAAUCCGGUGCAAGGAUUGCUAAAAUUUGGCUUUUAAUAGGUUUUGUUAUGGGUUUUGCUUCCAUUAUUGCUGCAGUUUGGGUAAUGAUUGAUGACUUCAUUAACAACCCUAAAAAGGACUCCAGUUUAGGUGUGGCUUUGCUUAUGCAAAAUUUUCUGAUAUUAUUUGCCAGUCUCACCUAUAAAUUUGGACGUGAUGAAGAAAUUUGGGCUGAGUAAAUACAAAUGCAAUAGAAAUUCAUAUAUCGUAAUGAUUUCUUUAAACGAAACAACAUAACUAACAUUUUGCAAAAAGUCUAAUGUAAUUGGUAUAAAUGUAUAAUGCGUUAAUUAAAAAUUUCUUGUAUGCAUAGGAUUUUAUAAUAAAAAAACAACAAAAUUAAUAUGAAUGUAAUCUCAUUAUAAUUGAUAAUCCCCUAGAAGUAUUAAAAAUAUUUAAAGAAACCA